AUGACCUCGCUGCUACCACCAGAUAUACCAUCAUCUGAAAUCCCCAUGGUUUCCCGUCCAGAGGUUGCCGAUCACUCGAGGCGGGCGGGCUCGGUUGUGUCGCGCACUACCCGUUCGAGGCACCACCGAGGUCGCUCACAUCACGGAGGCUCCUCUUACCAGCCACAGAACGAGUUUCCCUUCUUCGCACAGACUGGAGAUGUCGAGAUCGUCAUAAGUGCUGAUGGGCAGGAAAAGAAAUAUCUCCUACAUAGGCUGAUCCUGGCACAAUGUUCGGGGUUUUUUGAGGCUGGCACCAGUGCUGAGUGGUCGCAAGCCUCAAACUCUGCACCACGGCCGGAGAAUGCAUUGGCAAGGAUAGGAGAAGAUGAAGAGGACCCUGCACCAGUGCGACCGCCUGUUGACCCUCAAUCAAUAAAUGCGCCAACACCGAACAGAAAGAGAUGGAGGUAUGAACUAGAUUGGGACCAUACCGAUGAAGACGAAGAUCCAAUGCUGGUCCAGAAGACUCCAAGCAGUGGAUCUCUUUUUAACAGCGACUUCCAGCCAACACUGCCGCCACCUCGUUCUAAACCUUCCGCUGCUCAUUCAGGAGGUUUCUUCCGCUCGAUGGCGAAUCUGACACUCGGCGCUCAAUCUACAAGCCACCUUCCAUCAAUCCAUCAUCCUCAAGACCAACCCAUCACAAGUCCUAUUCUUCGAGAUUAUGACAACCUCUUUCGCAUCUUCUACAACUACGCACCAUCCCUCAAUCCAACAUACCUACCCUCUGCUUAUAGUGAAUGCAAAUCGCUACUCGCCCUUGCAGACAUGUAUGAUGCCCUGCCAGUAGUAGGACCGAGAAUAGACCACCAUCUUCUCCGCUUCUCAUCACGUCUUUUCAAGCAAAUUGCGAAAUAUCCACCUUCCUAUCUGAAGCUCGGUUAUCUUGCCCGAAGUCGCAUCAUUUUUGCCGAAGCACUUGUGCACGUAGUCGGUCGGUGGCCACUAGAUCGUCCUCAUCUCCAAGGUGAUAAUAUUGGUUACGAAGUACCGGAAAGCGUGAUCGAGCUGAUCGAGGACAAGGUCGACGAACUCGAAGAGAUGAAGGCGAAAGUCGAAGCUAAGCUAUUUCGAUUGACGCUUACGACUUCCAGAGGUGAACGUGUCAAUCCUGGCAAUGACUACCUGGGGUGGCUGGCAAUGAGUCUCUUCCGGCAAUGGCUUGCAGAAAACACCACACCUCCCGUUCAGGGAAUAUUAAGAUCACCUGCCACACCUCCUGCAAGUCGUGUCCAAGGCUCAAUGCAACAACACCCUAGCCCCUCUUCCUCAGGCCAGCGCCCGUCCCAUCCUCCCCCUCCUCCACCAGCUCCGUCACCGAUGACGAACACAGGCCGCGUCUACCGCGCCCUUGGCUCCACCAACUCGCAAUCCUACCUGCCUCGCGAUGAACUCAAACGUUUCCUUAAAUUCCAUCCGUCCUCCAUCUCUUCUUCCUCGUCUUCAUCAGCGCUAGGCAGCUUGUACAACCGUGACAAUCUCCGCCGCUUCGAACGAAAAGUUGAUGAAGUAAAGAAUCUGGCUCGGGAUGUGGUGAAACCUCUGACGAGGAAUUUUCUUGAGUUAGACGUCAGGACUGGAGACGGUGCUAGUGGGGGUAUGGGAGAAGGGGCUAGCUUGGUACAGUAUCUGACCUGUACGAAAGUCGAGGAAGGCGAAGUGCCGUGGGAUUACUGA